UUUCAUUUCAGAGUCCUCUUGGUUGGAAGCCCCUGUGAGCCCUCACAGAAGGGCACCUCUGCACUCAACUUCCCUUCCCUCCUGCUCCUUCAGGAUGGAGGAGAUGGCAGCCGGCGCUUCCUUACCUGACACCGGCGACUUCGACCGAAACGUGCCCCGGAUCUGCGGCGUGUGCGGAGACCGAGCCACCGGCUUCCAUUUCAACGCUAUGACCUGUGAAGGCUGCAAAGGCUUCUUCAGACGGAGCAUGAAGCGGAAGGCACUGUUCACCUGUCCCUUCAAUGGAGACUGCCGCAUCACCAAGGACAACCGCCGCCACUGCCAGGCCUGCCGGCUCAAGCGCUGUGUGGACAUCGGCAUGAUGAAGGAGUUCAUCCUGACUGAUGAAGAGGUGCAGAGGAAGCGGGAGAUGAUCCUCAAGAGGAAGGAGGAGGAGGCCUUGAAGGACAGCCUGCGGCCGAAGCUGUCCGAAGAGCAGCAGCACAUCAUCGCCAUCCUGCUGGACGCCCACCACAAGACCUAUGACCCUACCUACGCCGACUUCAGCCAGUUCCGACCUCCCGUUCGAGAGGGUGAGAAUGAAGGGAACCAUCCCUCAGGGCCUUGCCUGUUACACACGCCCAGCUUCUCUGCAAACUCAUCCUCCUCAGAUCGCUACACCUCCUCUCCAGAUACGAUGGAGCCAACCGGCUUCUCCAGCCUGGAUCUGAGUGAAGAAGACUCUGAUGACCCUUCUGUGACCCUGGACCUGUCCCAGCUCUCCAUGCUGCCCCACCUGGCUGACCUGGUCAGUUACAGUAUCCAAAAGGUCAUCGGCUUUGCCAAGAUGAUCCCAGGGUUCAGAGACCUCACGCCUGAGGACCAGAUCGUGCUGCUGAAGUCGAGUGCCAUUGAGGUCAUCAUGCUGCGCUCCAACCAGUCGUUCACCAUGGACGACAUGUCCUGGACCUGCGGCAGCCCGGACUACAAGUACCAAGUCAGUGAUGUGACCAAAGCCGGACACAGCCUGGAACUGAUUGAGCCCCUCAUCAAGUUCCAGGUGGGGCUGAAGAAGCUGAACUUGCAUGAGGAGGAGCACGUGCUGCUCAUGGCCAUCUGCAUUGUCUCCCCAGACCGUCCCGGGGUGCAGGACGCUGCGCUGGUCGAGGCCAUCCAGGACCGCCUGUCCAACACGCUGCAGACCUACAUCCACUGCCGCCACCCGCCCCCAGGCAGCCACCUGCUCUACGCCAAGAUGAUCCAGAAGCUCGCGGACCUGCGUAGCCUGAACGAGGAGCACUCCAAGCAGUACCGCUGCCUCUCCUUCCAGCCCGAAUGCAGCAUGAAGCUCACGCCCCUCGUGCUCGAGGUGUUUGGCAACGAGAUCUCCUGAGUAGGGCAGCCUGCCCUGGCGCCUGGGCGGAGUGGCCUCUCUGGGGCCGGAGCCUGCCCAGCAGCUCUUCCCACCUCCUUCCGGAGUUCAGCCCCUCCUCUCCUACUCCCCCUCCAGGCCCAGCCCAUCCUCCCUCCUGCCCAAUCUAACACCAGGUCCCCCUUACCUGCAGGCCACGGGCUGCCCCCGGUCCCUCGAGACCUCAGUCAUGAGGAAUUGCUCUUUAUUUGACAAAGAAUCUCAAGUGGGGGCAGAGGGCAGAGGCUGAAGGUGGGCCCGUGCCCGGGGAUGCCCCCCACACACACACUCUAGAAGUGGCUGCCGGCUGAUGCCGAGGGAACAGGCAGGCGGGAGAGACGCAGCCAUUCCUCAGGGACAGAGAUACCCUCACCUCUACCCAGCUCCAGAGCUUGGUGGGAUCACCCUUCCUUCGCCCCACCCACCAUAAGCACUGACCCAUGAGCCUCACCUCAUCCUGCUACGCUCUGUCCUGUUCUGCCCCAAGGCAGUGUGCCCCCAUGGGACCUUCUC